GAGCUUUAUUCACGGUUGUAGGUCGUGAAUCAAAUGUUUUAUGCCUCAAGGCAAGGUUGGGUUGAGUUUUUUCAAGUCAGGAUGGGUAGCUCACAUUCAAGGUCAUAUUCAACAAAUAAUGACAGGAAUAGUCCUGGAAAUGAAAGAUGUGGCACAAUUAAAAGCACUGAAUCAACUGACAAUUAUGUUGAAUCAGUGGUAUGUAAAACCAAUGAUCUAAAAGAUAAUGAAAUGAAAGUGUUUGAUAUUGGUGAAGAGGGUAAAGUGUUAGUUGUGAAACAAAAAGGAGAAUUCCAUGCACUAGGAACUAAAUGUACACAUUACGGGGCCCCACUGGUCUCGGGUGCUCUCAGUGACGGCAGGAUUAGAUGUCAGUGGCACGGAGCAUGUUUCAAUUUGAAGACUGGUGAUAUAGAAGAUUUCCCUGGCUUUGAUUCAUUGCCAUGCUACAAAGUGACUGUAUCAUCAAAGGGAGAAGUUAAGGUUCGAGCGAAAAUAAGCGAUUUGAAGUCCAACAAACGGGUCAAAGAUUUGGGUUCGGAUUUACCGUGCGACGGAGCAUCGGUGGUUAUCAUUGGUGGUGGACCUUCCGGUGCCACUUGCGCUGAAAAGUUACGCGACGAGGGAUUCAUGGGAAGAAUCACCCUAGUCUGCAAAGAAAACUACCUACCCUAUGACAGAAUCAAAGUUUCUAAAAUCGGUACUGUCACCGACAUUGGAAAACUACAAGCCCGAACCGACGAUUACUACAAAAAUGCUAACAUCGAGGUCAUAAAAGGUGUGGAAGCUCAAAAAGUAGAUCCAGAAGAUAAGAGCGUCCACUUGAGUAAUAGUGAGAAACUACGCUUCACGUCCUUGUAUAUAGCCACGGGGUCUAAACCGAGAAUUCCGAGUGACGUACCCGGAAUAGAUCUGAAGAAUGUAUUUACCCUACGGAAUUUCGAAGACUCCGUUAACGUGAUAAAGGCGCUCGGCGAAAAUCCCGAGAAACAUGUUGUUUGCCUCGGACUCAGUUUUAUCGGUCUCGAAGCCGCAGCAUCGUGCUAUCAAAAGGCCAAAUCUAUGACUGUGGUAGGUAAAGAUUCGUCCCCACUCGGACAAGUUUUCGGCAAUGAAAUUGGGCAGAGUCUCCGAAAGUUGUUCGAAGAGAAAGGUAUUAAAUUCCAAUUUCAAACGUCUAUUGCUAAAUGCAUCGGCGAAAAUGGUGCUAUAAAAUCAGUUGAGCUCACUAAUGGAGCGACGUUGCCCGCCGAUAUUUUGAUUUUGGGUGUGGGAAGCACAUAUUAUACUGAUUUCUUGCAAAAUAGUGGUAUUUCACUGAAUAAAAAUGGCUCCGUCAACGUGAAUGAUAAAUUGGAAACGAAUGUCAAAAACGUUUAUGCCGGCGGUGAUAUUGCUCACGCGCCCGUAUUCGCUCACGAUAACGAGCAUAUGAGCAUAGGCCACAUUGGCUUAGCUCAAUAUCACGGUCAAGUCGCAGCAAAAAAUAUUGCGAACAAUGUGACUUCUUUACGUACUGUGCCUUAUUUCUGGACCAUGCUUUUUGGGAAGUCUAUACGCUACGCGGGCUGCGGAAAGCCAGCGAGCUCUCAGAUUGAAGGCGACAUAGAUGCUCUCAAAUUUGUUAUUUUCUUCUUUGAUGCGUCUGAGAAGGUUAUUGCUGUUGCUUCGUGUAUGCGGGAUCCCGUUGUAUCGCAGUUUGCGGAAUUACUUUACCAAGGAAAAAAAUUGUACAAAAAGGAUCUUCAAGGAGAUCCCUUUGCUUGGAUAAAGCAAAUAAAUUAAAUUUACAACUGUAAAGAAAUAAGUAAAUUAUGCGGUUGCUUCAUUGUUAAAGUCUAAAACACACAAGUUAGUCUUAUCAACAAAAGCAUUAUCUGUUAUUGCAAAGCAUUUAUAAUUUAUAUCCCUUGUUUGGCGAUUCCUUGCAACUUUUUACCCACACACAACAAUUAUACCCACGACCCUUUCAUUUUAUAGAACCCCAGUCCCCAUGUCAAGAGAUGGCAAAUAACAGAAUUUUUUAAAGCGGAAUUUUUAAGGCGUACUUAAAUCGUAAUGCAUAAUAUUUAAUUUAUCGUGUUAGAAGCCCAACUGUUUUAUAGAACUUAGGUUAGGUCAGUACCAACUCAACCUUUAUUUUACAUGGACCACAAACACAUUUCUAACAUGUUAGUACUUAUUUCUGUUACAUUUCUGGAUAUUAAGUAAGUAACAAAAAUACUAAUACUAACCUCCCUUGGCACCAGAUUAAGUGAAUGUAAAUGUGUCACUUGUCAGUACAAAAUAUUACAAUGUUGUAGGUAAGUAUAAAUAUUAUGUGAAUUGUGAUUUUAUCAGUAUUAAGCAUACUUAUUGCUGCAAGUUGUUCUGAUUUCAAUGGCUGAAAGCAUAACUGCAAAGUACUAAAUAAAUAUGUUAUUAUGUGCUUGCUAACAAAUUAUUAUUUAUAUUUAUUGUACAUUUAUAGGCUGUUGAUAUGAUACCUAUAGGUAUACAUAAAUUAGAGAUGUGUAAGAUAAACUUGUGCAAAGAAUGUACUUAAUAUAUAAUAAAAUUAAUAUAAGA